AUGAAAGCCAUCAGUCCUAUGAGAUCUGUCAGAAGCUGCUACGAAGCUGUCCGCUGCAUUUCGGAUCAGAGUCUCUCCAUCACCCGGAAUAAGCCAUCUAUGGAGGAAUCCGUGGGCGCGCUGUGCGAUAUGAAUGACUGCUACUCCAAACUGAAGGAGCUGGUACCGAGCAUCCCACAGAACAAGUCCGUCAGCCAAGUGGAAAUUCUGCAACACGUUAUCGACUACAUAUUCGACCUACAAAUCGCGUUGGAAGACGAGUCUUCAGCGACAACCACGCCUGAUUUGGUGCUGUCACUAAAGGUGCAGAGAAACACAUCUCCACUUCACUCUGGGCAAGAGGACAAUGGGGCCAGAAAGAAGAAGUGA